AUGGCCGUCGAGGGCCAAGAGCCCCAAAGUCUUCAGCCGAAUAAGCUCGCCCACGCGCUUACAUUCCUGAGUGGCCAGCUCAACUUCUACCGCUUGCACAUCCUCUACUUCAUCUUUACGCCUCUCAUCUUCUCUGCCAUCUUCUACGCGAGCAAUGGCGAGACUCACAUAUCCUACAUCGAUUCGCUAUACAACUGCGUCAGCGCCAUGGUCGUGUGCGGCCUGGCCACGGUCGACCUCUCGUCCCUUACCUCAUGGCAACAGGUCAUCCUGUUCAUACAGAUGUGUAUAGGGAACCCGAUCGUCGUUUCUUGGGUCGUCGUGUACACACGCAGGCGUCUAUUCAAGAAGCGCUGCGAACACAUUGUGUUGAAUGCUCGCUCUCGCUCGCAGUACGAUGACAAUGAGCUCACGCGCCGACCUUCGCGUCUGGGCGGACUGGGCAACUUCCUUCGGCGUAGACGGGGCCUGAGCACGGUGGAGGAGGUGGAGGAGCCCGAGACGCCCAUCAAGAAGUCGGGACAAGAGACACCUCGGAGGAAUCGCGCCCUGCGUACGGACAUGAUCCGGCGUAUGGAUGACGCACCGAAACUUGUCAACCCGAGCGGAUGGAUCAGCGAGCGCAUUUUGAACGAGAAGCAAACAUACAACGAACCUCGGGCGGAGCAUCCAGGUCCUUCUUCUGGGGAGAGCGAUGGCAGCACCAGUCCCCCCACGACGGCAAGCACCAUUCCGCACAUAGUAGAGGAGAAGGAGGUUGAUUCCGAAGGGCGCAGGGACCAAGAACGCACCAUCAUCUCCGGUAACCGAGCUCGUUCCCGUUCAACCGCCAGCGGAGACGCGCGCACAACGCGUUUUGCGUCACCUGAACGCGACGAUGUCGAACGCGAUCGCGUACCCAUGCCCCGUACACAGACCAUCGAGUUUGCCCCGGAACCCAAAAUACGGCGCGGCUCACAGGCGCUAGCCAUGCAGCCUACGAUCUCCGAGAAUGGUUAUAGGCGCAGCGAGUCCAUCGACACGAUAAGCUCGGAGUCUGGCUCUCGGCCACCUGCAGCGUCACUUCGCCCCGCGAUGACCUAUCAGAGUACAUUGCCUCCGCCUGGAUCAAGCGCGAAGCACUCCGGCUUUGGGGGAUUUCCACUACCGCAUGAGAUCCUAGGUCGCGUCGUGCAUUACUUGUUCCCCAAGGUCAAGGCGAAGCUUGAACGCACUCUCACCAUGCCGCGUACUAUGACGGUAACGAGCCAAUCGGGUCAGCAGAACGCUGAUGAUGGCGCGACCGUUGUGCCCUACAUAUCGUUCGAUGCUAUCGUUGGCCGCAACUCGCGGUUUCACGAGCUCACAAAUGAACAACUGGAAGAGCUGGGUGGCGUUGAGUACCGUGCACUCAACGCUUUGCUAUGGUUAUUACCCUUGUACUUCUUUGGCGUUCAACUCAUCGCAUUUACGGUCAUCGCCCCAUACAUGACAUACACGGAGAAGUUCCAAAACACAUUCCGGCCACCAGCGCAACACAAGUUUAUCUCCCCGGCUUGGUUCUCCCUCUACCAGGUCGUCUCCGCGUUCACCAACACUGGCACAUCCCUUGUUGACCAGAGCAUGAUCCCCUUCCAGAAGGCGUACCCAAUGAUCUUCUUCCUUGGCUGGUGUAUCCUCGCAGGCAAUACCGCCUUCCCUAUCUUCCUCCGGUCCAGCAUAUGGACGUUGCACAAGCUCCUCCCGUCGCGCAGCGCGCUGAACGAAACACUGCACUUUCUACUCGACCACCCCCGUCGGUGCUUCAUCUACCUGUUCCCGAGCCAUCAGACGUGGUUCUUGUUCCUUGUACUUGUCGGGUUAAACUUGACCGACUGGGUGUGCUUCUUGGUGCUGGAUAUUGGGAAUGAGGAAAUCGAUAAGAUCCCAGUCGGGACGAGGAUGGCGGAUGGAAUGCUUCAGGCAUUCGCCGUGCGCGCCGCCGGAUUCGCGACGGUCACUAUCUCUGGACUGGCGCCAGCGGUGAAGGUACUCUACGUGAUCAUGAUGUACAUCUCCGUCUAUCCGAUUGCAAUGAGUGUGCGUUCGACGAACGUAUAUGAAGAACAGUCCUUGGGCAUCUACAACGACGAGAACGAGUCUGAGCCGCAGUUCCCUACCAACUCAAGUGAGGUACAGCGAAUGACGGUAUGGUCGGCCUACCUCGCUCAACAUAUCCGCCGUCAACUUUCGUUCGACAUGUGGUGGCUCGGAGUUUCGCUCUUUCUCGUCUGCAUCAUUGAAAGGCAUCAGCUCAACGACGAGAAUGCAUACUACUUCGACAUCUUCGCCAUCGUUUUCGAGCUUGUCAGCGCAUACGGUACCGUGGGGUUGUCCUUAGGACUACCGACAGCCAACUAUAGCCUGAGUGGCAAGCUCAGCACGCUCAGCAAGCUCGUGGUCAUUUGUGUCAUGCUUCGUGGACGCCAUCGUGGAUUACCGGUUGCGAUCGAUCGUGCGGUCGUGUUGCCGUUCGAGUUUAGGAGGGCAGCGGAGGAUAGUCUGGGUAUGCCGAGGAGCGAGACAUUGAGGACGAGCGCUAGCGGUGUGGCUGGUAGUGACAGCCAGGCCGGUGCUGAGUUCCGAAGGCGCUUAAGCCAGCAACGGACGAUGUCGAGACAGAGCGGAGACGGGAGGUGA